CACUUUCAAAGCCAAAUACAUCAAUAUUAUGGUGAUCAUUACCGUGCUCAUUUUCUUUGUUCUAUUUUGCUAUUUGUUUCGUAACAAAAAUGGGAUUCCAACAAACUGGCCUCUGCUUGGCAUGCUUCCAGCACUCUUAAAAAAUGCCUACAGAAUCCAUGAGUUUCUUAUUGAACUUAUGGAAAGAUCUAACUUAACUUUCCAUUUUAAGGGACCUUGGUUUUCCAACAUGAACUUACUAUUAACCAUUGAUCCAACCAACAUUCACCAUGUUUUGAGCAAGCGUUUCGAAAACUAUGUCAAAGGUCCCAAGUUAUAUGAAAUCCUUGAACCUCUUGGAGAUGGAAUCCUCACUACUGAUUCUACUCUAUGGCUUUACCAUCGUAAUGUAGCUCAUUCUUUCUUUAAUCAUCCCAAAUUCCAUCAAUCUUUGGUCGAUGUAACUUGGAAAAAGGUCAAGAAUGGUCUAAUCCCAGUCCUUGAACAUGUCUCUAAACACAACAUUGUGAUUGAUUUGCAAGAUCUUUUUUUAAGGUUUAGUUAUGAUACUAUGUGUACCAUAAUGAUGGACCAUGAUCCGACAUCUCUUUCAGUCGAUUCGCCCGAUUUCCCACUCUUAAAGGCUGUGGCUGAUAUGGCGCAUGGUGCUUUCAUUCGUCAUGCAGUACCAACAUGGAUAUGGAAAUUACAAAGGUGGUUAAAUGUAGGAGAAGAGAAGAAGUUUAGACAAGGUUGGAAAAUUCUUGAUAAUUUCAUUUACAAGUGCAUAGAUAGGAAGAGAGAAGCAAAGGCUAAAGGAGCUUCAAUUCCUUCAAAGACAAAUAAUAAGGAUCAAGACUUUGAGGUGAGUUAUGAUUUACUUACAUUUUUCAUGGAUAAUGAGGAUAAAAACACAAACGAUAAAUUUUUGAGAGACACAAUUACAAACUUUUUUCUAGCAGGAGGAGAGACCACUAGUACUGCUUUAUCUUGGUUCUUUUACCUUAUAUCAAAUCACCCAAAAGUUUCUCACAAGAUUAAACAGGAAUUAAACUCGAUUAUGAUACAAAAUGAUGAUAAUUAUGAAAUGAUUUUUAGAAAUUUUAAAGAGAUAAGUAGCAAGCUAGUUUAUCUUCAUGCUGCAUUAUGUGAAACAUUAAGAUUGUAUCCUUCGAUAGUAUUCAAUCCCAAGACACCAGUUGAGCCACAAAUUCUCCCAAGCGGUCAUCGAGUGAAUUCAAAUACAGAAAUUAUCUUCAACACGUAUGCCAUGGGAAGAAUGAAAUCGAUAUGGGGAGAUGAUUGCAAUGAGUUCAAGCCUGAAAGAUGGAUAUUGGAAGGAAGGAUGAUUAAACAUGAGCCUUCAUACAAGUUUUCGGUGUUCAGUGCAGGACCAAGGUCUUGCAUAGGCAAGCAGAUGGCUUUCACACAAAUGAAGAUUGUGGCUGCCAUUAUCAUUCAAAACUAUCAUAUAGAAGCAGUAGAGAAGUAUCAUGUUCCCACUAUGUCUAUGGUCCUUCAUAUGAAGCAUGGAUUUAAAGUUAGGAUAUUUCGUUCUUAGUAUUAAUUAUAGCUUAGUGAUGCAAAUGUAUGUUCAACUAACAAUAGUACCUACUGGUCAUUCAUACA